AUGGUUAUGAUGAACUCGACGCCUGCAACGAACAUAAGCGAGAAGCCUUCAACUAACCCAGUGUUAUUGAGUCCAGAGUUACUUUUGCUACUGAUAAUUGCUGACAUCACGUUCGGACUCAUUAUUACUCUAGGUAACGCCACUCUCUUCUUCACAAUUUACCGCGAUCCGUGCCGCUGUCUACGGACACCAUCUGUAUUUCUGAUCGCAAAUCUUUCAGUGGCGGAUUUUUUCAUGGGAAUUGUUAGCUACCUUAGAGCCGUGGAGCUGAUAUACCAGUACUGUGGUUUACCAGACUUAACUAUUGUUAAUAUAACUGGGUAUUUUAUGGGAGCGGUGUCAAUUCUCGCGGCAGUAUCUACGUUGAUGGCGAUGUCGUACGAUCGAUUUAUUGCCAUCAUCAAGCCAUUUCAAUAUCCGCAGAAAGUGACUAUCUCCAAAGCAAAGAUUUCCAUAGCCGUUAUUUGGAUAAACGCGCUGGUCAUGUCCGUUCUGCCAGUAUCCGAUGUGAAACAGGAGAAUUUCUUGCUUGCUUACUGUUACUCUCAUUUCCUCGUCCCUUCAUUUAUUUUAACAACAGCAUACUUGAAAAUUUACAAGAAAAUUAUCUUGCAAAGAAAUGAACUUCAAGAAGUUAGAGCAAGCCUGACAGCGAUUAACAGAAAAAAGCAGUUGGAGAGGGACAACAGAAUGGUUAUUGCAUUCGUUUUGAUCCUUGGGGUCUUUUAUUGUUCUUUUUUACCUUAUUUUAUCUUCGUACAUAUUUUAUAUUUUUGUCCAUGCCGUACCUCUCACGCGUUUGGCUUGUAUCGUUACGUCGCCAACGAAUUUCUAUCUGUAAGCUCCAUGGUCGACCCCUUCAUGUACGCAUGGAGACUUCCUCGGUUUAACCGUUCCUUUCGCUCAUGCUUCCAGCGACUAAGAAAAAGAAAUGCCGUGGCAGAAUUAAACGGAACGAGUUCAAACAUAAAUCUUGCCGCUGUAGGAAGAGACAAGGGGAAGCUGACGGUGGCCCACUCUGAAAACUCUAGCAAAACCAAUCCUUGCAUGGAUGUCGGCACAAAAGAUUCCACUUUGAAAACAAGUUGA